GAAUUGUUGAUCGCAGCAAUAGAUUUCGGUAACCUCGAGAGAAUUGUUAUUGGUGGUGUGCUGGGCGCUUCCUUGAGCUCCGAAAUAACGAAAAUUUUUGAAGACUUUUCUGACACCUUCAAAGCGUUUGGACAACGUGAAUUUGACUUCUUGGAUUUGGAUUCCAGUGAGUUAGAGCAGGAGUUCAACGCUAUUUCAUCAAAAUUUGCCUACUACAAGCAGCAACUGGUCAACAUUUUUUGUCGUGCAUUAUCUGACUGUCCCACGGCACUACACAUUUACAAGAUGUUGACCGUAUUUGGGAAGUUGGCUGAGAGGCCGGAAAUUGAACCCUCCAUAGUCCCCUUCUACCAGCAUAUGUUGAAGCUGAUUGACAAGGAAGUUAAGCAGAUUCAGGUCAUCAUGGAAGGAAACACAAUCGACAGUCAUUGUCAAAUCCAGUCGGUAGAAAGUAGAACUAUGUCUCCGAAACUCCGCAAUGAGACACAACCACAAACAAGUUCCGUAGCAGACCCUGGUGGAUGUCUUCCAUCACCCCUCAUCCACAAGAGCAUGCCCCCUGUUGCUGGGCAUUUGAUGUGGUCCUCCCAAAUUCGUCAACGCCUAGAAGCCUCCAAGGCCCUGCUUGAUGGCACUAACCACGCAAUAAUGCUGUCAACGAAAGCCUGUCGAAUUCGCAAGAAAAUAGCUGCCCUCCAAAAUAAGCUGAUCGAGCGAGAUGAGCUCAUUUUUCAACAUUGGGCAGAAAAUGUUUCAAGGUUUUGCAAAGAAAGAAUUAGGCAACCAUUGCUUACAUACGUUCCGAGUACUAGGUUGUUUGAAGUCAACUUUGACCCCGAGAUAGCCAUGGCUUUACGUGAAGUGAAGUACCUUCUGUCACUUGCUGGAACCGUCAUCCCGGACGCCGCACUGGAUUUAUUUGAACAGCGUGAAAUGUUUCGCAAGCAAAAACUAUGUCUAGAUUUAAUAGUUACCUGGUACACACAUCUCCGAACCAAAGUUUCCAACAGUGAAGCCGCUCUGGUUGCCGUGGAGCUGCAGGAGGUCGAGGGUGCAUUGCAAAAGAGUGCCACAAACCUGCUUUGGUCUGACGAGGGGGCGUGGGAGCAUUCUGAAACAACUCGCAACACACUGAGUGACAUUUACCGGCGCGUAGUCAAAGCACAGGAAAAUCUUGUUGCUGUUUUGAAUCUUAUGUCAACAUGGACGAGGGUGCCAUUGUACGAAAGACGAGAUAAUAAAGUAGACGCCCUUCUUGAACGGGAUGGAAAAUUUGAAAAGCGCUGUGUAGAAAUCAGGGAAGCUGGCGAAUCCAUAGUUUCGCUUUUGGAGGAAAACCGUCAACUGUUUAAAGCAGAAGUCGAUUCAGGAGUCUGGAAGGAUUACUUGAAAAGCGUAGACGACGUUAUUGCAGAGUGUUUUGUGAAAACGAUUCGGUGCUCUCUUGAGUGGUUACUGGGAGAAACCAAUAAUGAAAACCCACCGAUGUACCCUCUUUUUGAAGUUAAAAUGGAUUUAUUGGCUUCGGGAAUUAAUUUCAUGCCUGCCCUAGAGCAGGGACCCAGUACCACUUUCUACGACGUCUGCAAUGCCAUUCUGGAAGACAUUUACAAGCAAUCUGCUCAGAUACGUAGAAUUUGUGGACAGAAUGGAGACGAGUCAACGUACGAGGAUCUCAUGAAACAGAACAAUGAAAUAGAAGAGAUGCGACAAACGUUCAUAGAAAGGGUUGAAUCUGCUGUUCAAGGAGCUCUAGAAUAUCAAGAUGGUCUCGGUCGAUUUGCCUAUCUGUGGACAGAAAAUAAAGAGGAAGCUUUAGAAAACUUCCUGAAACAAGAGGACAACGCCACGGAUGAUCAGGGUUUAAAUCCUUCUCUUGAUCGGUUCAAAGAAAAAAUAGAGGAAUAUGAAGCCUCGUACUCUGAGGUCAGUGAGAUAGAGGAAACGAUCCUCGUAGAUUCUUGGUUCAAAAUUGAUGUAAAACCAUUCAAGCAUGGUCUGCUUAACUGCAUCAAGCGAUGGAGCUUUAUGUUUAAGAAGUACCUGAUGGACUUUGUAACCAACAGUCUCAGCAAUUUGGACGACUUCAUAAAGACAUCGAACAAGGCUUUGGAGGAGGACCCAGCACCAGGUGACUACGAUCGACUAGUUGGAACCAUGAGUUGCCUCGGCGCUGUAAAGGCCCGACAGUCAGCUACCGACGAGCUAUUUGAGCCGCUGAAACAAACUGCAGACCUUCUGAGGUCCUACGGUCAGGAGGUGUCACAGGAAAUUCAGCUCUUAAUUGAGGAACUCCCAAGAAAAUGGGGCAAUUUGAAAAAAAGGGUUUUGAUUUUGAAGCAGGUGGUCGCCCCAUUACAAUCAGAAGAAGCCACAAAAGUUCGCAGGCGGGGGGCCACGUUCGAGGUCGAGCUGCAAAAAUUCCGAGAGGAAUUCCUCAAAAUCGCUCCAUUCCAAUAUGAGUGCGAGGAGCCAUAUGGUGUGCUGGACGAGGAAAAUACACGCAUUGCUCGGAUGGAUCUCGAAUUGGCGGGGAUCAAGCGUCAAGCUCAGUUAUUUGAAGUGGCUCUACCUGACUAUCGCUUCCUCGACAACUGUCGACGAGAGCUCCGCCUCCUUAAGGUCGUUUGGGACUGGGUCUUUUUCAUCCGCUCCACCAUCUCGGCUUGGCACGACACUCCCUGGCGUCUCGUUAACGUCGACGAGAUGGACUUCACACUUAAGCUGUUUUCUUCAAAGGCGCUACGUCGCCUAGACAAGGAGGUCCGAGCUUGGCCAGUGUUCCUCGGCAUUGAAGCCGAAGUCCGUAACAUGAUGACGUCAUUACGAGCUGUAAGUGAACUUCAGAACCCUGCAAUUAGGGGACGCCAUUGGUCUCAGCUAAUGGCAGCUACCAAGGUUCGCUUCGUCAUGGACGAAAACACUGUACUUGGUGACCUCAUUAACCUGAAUCUUCACAACUUCGAGGACGAAGUCCACAACCUAGUCGACAAGGCUGUCAAGGAAGCUUCAAUGGAAAAAGUGAUGAAGGAGCUUGAUCAGACUUGGGGUCAAAUGUGUUUUGAUGUGGAAACUCACUCGAGACGAGGUAUAAAAUUAUUUAAAGUUAGCCAAGAUAAGAUGGAGGUGCUAGAGGAAAACCAGAUGCAGCUGCAAAAUAUGAUUACCUCAAAAUACAUUGAGUUCUUCCGUGAAGAGAUCAUGGCCUGGCAAGUAAAACUUAGAACCGCUGACCACAUAAUUGGCCUUUGGUCAGAAGUUCAGCGAACAUGGGCUUACCUCGAGGCGAUCUUCAUUGAUUCGGAAGAUAUCCGCGAGCAGCUGCCAACAGAUUCCAAGAGAUUUGACCAGGUCGACGCCGACUUUCUGGGUGUUGCCACAGAUUUUGAGACAAGGGGAACAAAUAUUAUAGAAACUACUCAUUUACCGGGGCUCUCUGAACGUCUCGAUGCGAUUAAGCAGCAAUUAUCUCUCUGUGAAAAAGCCCUCUCGAAUUACCUCGAGACGAAACGGCUUGCCUUCCCACGUUUCUACUUCAUUUCGCCCACCGAUCUUCUCGACAUUUUAGCCAAUGGAAACGAACCUCCCAAGAUCAUGCGCCACCUAUCAAAACUUUUUGACAGUAUUUGUGAUCUGGAAAUAAAACAGGGCACAAAGACUGCAACAUCCAUGAAAUCAAAAGAUGGUGAAGUAGUGCAAAUCUCUAAAGCCUGCAAUCUGGACGGUAAAGUUGAAGUCUGGCUCAAUCGGUUGCUGGAUGAGAUGCGAGCUACACUUUUGCAUUACCUCCACCAGUGUGUUUCUAACCUUGAAGAGAAACCACGGGAUCAGUGGCUUUUCGAUUAUCCCGCCCAGGUGUCGCUAGCUGGUUCCCAGAUAGGAUGGGCCGCAGAAGUUACCAUCAACUUUGUCCAACUCGAAGAAGGCUUCGAAAAUGCUUUAAAAUUCUUCAAUAAGAAGCAAAUAGCUCAGCUUAAUGCUCUCAUAAAUCUACUGAUCGGAGAACUAAGUCCCCAGGAUCGUCAGAAGGUGAUGACUAUUUGCACAAUUGACGUACAUAACAGAGAUGUAGUCUCGCGGUUAAUUUCACAGAAGAUCGUCGACAGGAAUGCCUUCGCCUGGUUAAGUCAACUGCGACAUCGUUGGGACGAAAGUGCGGGGGAUUGCUUUGCCAACAUUUGCGACGCCCAGUUCCAGUAUGCUCACGAGUACUUGGGGAACACUCCUCGACUGGUUAUCACACCACUAACAGACAGGUGUUACGUUACUCUGACGCAGUCCCUUCACCUCAUAAUGUCUGCUGCCCCGGCAGGGCCAGCGGGGACUGGUAAAACCGAAACAACUAAGGACCUUGGUCGGGCUUUGGGUGUAAUGGUCUACGUAUUCAACUGCUCUGAGCAAAUGGACUAUAAGUCGGUGGGAAACAUCUACAAAGGUCUCGCCCAGUCGGGCUCUUGGGGUUGUUUCGACGAAUUUAACCGCAUUUCUGUCGACGUUCUUUCAGUCGUUGCUGUCCAGGUUAAGUGCAUCCAAGACGCCAUUAAAGAUGGAUGUGCUCGAUUCAACUUUCUUGGUGAGGAGAUCAGUCUGAAUCCAGCAGUCGGCAUAUUCAUCACCAUGAAUCCUGGCUACGCAGGUCGUGCGGAACUUCCAGAAAAUUUAAAAGCACUCUUUCGACCCUGUGCCAUGGUAGUUCCCGAUUUUGAACUCAUCUGUGAAAUCAUGUUGAUUGCUGAAGGCUUCACCGAGGCGCGAAUUCUCGCACGCAAAUUCAUAACUCUCUAUGGAUUGACAAAGGAGCUUCUUUCAAAACAGGAUCACUACGACUGGGGACUCAGAGCCAUCAAGUCUGUCCUGGUAGUUGCCGGUUCUCUUAAAAGAGGUGAUCCAACUCGUCCAGAGAAGGAAGUCUUGAUGAGAGCCCUUCGCGACUUUAAUACACCCAAAAUAGCAUCAGAUGACCUCCCCAUAUUCAUGGGUCUAAUUGCAGACCUGUUUCCCGCAAUGGAUGUGCCUCGUAAAAGAGAUGUCGCCUUUGAAGAAGAGGUACGAAAAGCAGCUGUUGAUCUGAAGCUGCAGCCUGAAGAAAACUUUAUAAUAAAAACGGUUCAACUGGAAGAGUUAUUUGCUGUCAGGCACUCCGUCUUUAUUUUGGGCAACGCUGGCACUGGAAAAUCAAUGAUUUGGAAAGCUCUCUUCCGGACAAAUCAAAAUUUGAAAAAGAAACCCGUUGCUGUUGAUUUGGACCCGAAGGCUGUUACAAACGAUGAGCUGUUUGGAGUGAUAAGUCCUUCGACAAGAGAGUGGAAAGACGGUCUUUUUUCUGUGGUGAUGCGAGAAUUAGCUAGGAUGACUCAUGAAGGGCCAAAGUGGAUAGUUUUAGAUGGAGACAUUGAUCCAAUGUGGAUUGAGUCAUUAAACACCGUAAUGGAUGACAACAAGGUGCUGACGCUAGCAAGCAAUGAGAGGAUUCCGUUGACACCCAGUAUGCGUCUCCUGUUUGAAAUAAGUCAUCUGAGGACAGCAACCCCAGCGACAGUUUCGCGGGCUGGUAUUCUCUAUGUGAACCCUCAGGACCUUGGCUGGGCGCCCUAUGUUUACUCGUGGUUAGCAGCUCGGAACAACCGUUCAGAACAGGCCAACCUUGGAAUCCUCUUCGAGAACUACGUGCCCGUUUGCUUGGAAUCUCUCCGCACGCGCUUCAAAACUGCCGUUCCAUUGGUUGAGCUCGGUCACGUUCAAAUGCUUUGCCACCUUCUUGAGGUUCACUUAACUCCCACAAAUAUCCCGUCUGACGCCCCUAAGGAGACUUACGAAGUCUACUUUGUCUUCUGUGCCAUCUGGGCGUUCGGUGGUGCUCUCGGCCAUGACCAGGUGGUUGAUCACAGGGUCGAGUUCUCCAAAUGGUGGGUGGAGGAAUUUAAGAACAUCAAGUUUCCUACGACUUCAGGCUCCACCGUAUUCGACUACUAUAUCGACACGGUGACAAAAAAAUUUGAACCAUGGAGCAAGAAAGUUGGGCAAUUUGUUCUUGACUCUGAGGAGCCUCUUCAGACCGCCCUCGUGUCGACCGCAGAGACGACCCGCAUUCGCUACUUCCUUGAGCUUCUGAUUACGGCGCGUCGGCCUGUCAUGUUGGUCGGAAGUGCUGGGACCGGCAAGACUGUCCUCGUUCAAGACCUGCUUCGCGACCUCGGUGAGGACACCCUCGUGGUCAACAUUCCGAUGAACUUUUACACGACGAGUGAAAUGCUUCAGCGAGUUCUUGAAAAACCCCUAGAAAAAAAAACUGGUCGGUGCUACGGGCCACCAGGGAACAAGCACCUGGUGUACUUCGUUGAUGACUUAAACAUGCCCGAGGUGGAUACUUACUUCACUGUGCAGCCUCACACGUUGAUAAGGCAGCACAUUGAUCACUCCCAUUGGUACGAUCGGACAAAACUUACUUUGAGGGAAAUCACCAAUGCUCAGUAUGUGGCCUGCAUGAACCCCACAGCAGGCAGCCUCACAAUUGACUCACGGCUACAGCGCCACUUUGCAAUAUUCAACCUCAGCUUUCCGGGGCGGGAUGCCGUCCAUUCCAUUUAUUACUCCAUUCUGUCUCAGCAUCUUGAACAGCCUGCGGCUGGUUUCCCACAGGUAAUUCAACGAAUGGCCUCGAGUCUCACUGACUUGGCAAUUGACUUUCAUUCAAGAGUGACAGCUACCUUCUUGCCAACUGCAAUAAAGUUCCACUAUGCAUUCAAUCUGCGGGACCUUACAAAUGUGUUUCAGGGUCUUUUAUUCUCAAGAGAUGAGUGCCUCAAAGCCCCCCUUGACCUUGUUCGUCUUUGGAUCCACGAAACAGAACGGGUCUACUCGGACAAAAUGAUUGACACAGCCGAUCAAACUUCGUUCAAAAAGCUUCUUCGUGAUUUCGUCGUGAAGCACUUCACAGAGUUAGACGUCGAUGAGGAAAAGAUAUUCGCCAAACCCCUCCUUUACUGCCAUUUCACUCAGGGUUUUGGUGACCCUCGAUACCUUCAAGUAGACUCUACUGCUAACCUCGCAAAACUGCUCAACGACGCGCUGGAGAAUUACAAUGAGUUGAACGCCACGAUGAAUCUCGUUCUCUUCGAGGAUGCAGUUGAGCACAUUUUGCGGAUCGAUCGCAUUCUUGAGUCACCACGAGGCAACGCCCUCUUGGUUGGGAUUGGUGGUUCAGGAAAGCAAUCUCUGUCACGUCUCGCAGCCUUUAUCAGUUCACUUGAGGUGUUUCAGAUUGUGGCGAGAAAGGGUUAUUCAAUCACUGACAUGAAGUCUGACCUAGCCGUGCUGUUCCGAAAGGCUGGGCUAAAAAACGUAGGAACGGUAUUUCUACUUACUGAUGCACAAAUUUUAGACGAAAAGUUCCUCGUGAUUAUUAAUGACUUACUCGCCUCAGGCGAGAUCCCUGAUCUUUUUGCAGACGACGAGGUUGAGGAAAUUAUCUCUGCCGUUAGGUCGGAAACGAAGUCUGCUGGUUUACUCGAUACGAGAGAAAAUUGUUGGCAGUUUUUCAUUAACAAAGUCAGGCGCACACUAAAAGUGGUCCUCUGCUUCUCUCCAGUUGGUCCGAAACUCCGAGCUCGUUCCAGACGCUUUCCAGCGCUUAUCAACUGCACAAGCAUUGACUGGUUUCAUGAGUGGCCAGAGGAAGCUUUGCUUUCGGUGUCGAAGAGAUUUGUUUCUGAAAUUGAGCUCCUUGGUCCCGAGUUGCAUACCCCAAUUUCCACAUUCAUGUCGUACGUUCAUAAAUCUGUUAACGAAAUGAGCGAGAAAUACCUACUGUAUGAGAAGCGUUACAACUACACAACCCCCAAGUCCUUCCUGGAACAGAUUCACCUGUAUAAGAACAUGCUAAAUAAGCGUGCGAAAGCAAUACAGGAAAAAGUAUCACGCCUGGAGAAUGGAUUGCAGAAAUUAGGAAGCACCUCGAAGCAGGUCGACGAAUUGAAAGCAAAAUUGGCUACCCAGGAGAUUGAAAUUAAGCAAAAAAAUGAAGAUGCCAAUCGGUUGUUGGGUAUCGUCCGUGAGGAGACCGACGUAGUAAUGUCUGAAAAGACAGUAGCAGACGGAGAAGAACAAAAAGUCGCAAAAAUCAAAGCGGAAGUUUCAGCAAAGCAACACGAAUGUGAAAAAGACUUGGCCAAAGCAGAACCCGCUCUUGUGGCCGCGCAGGAGGCCUUAAACACGUUGAAUAAAAAUAAUCUGACGGAAAUGAAGUCCUUCGGGACGCCUCCACCGGCCGUGGUCAAGGUUGUCGCCGCUGUUGCUUGCCUCUUGGCUCCCAACGGACGAGUUCCCAAAGAUCGCAGCUGGAAAGCUGUAAAGACUGGAAUGAUGGGGAAGAUAGAUCAAUUUCUCGAUAAUCUAAUUAACUAUGACAAAGAAAAUAUGCACGAGAACUCACUAAAGGCCGUAAGCGAAUACCUGAAGGACUCUGAAUUUGACCCGAAUUCAGUUCGAACCAAGUCACUUGCGGCUGCGGGACUGUGCUCCUGGGUUAUCAACAUAGUUAAGUUCCAUGAAGUUUUUUGUGUCGUCAAACCAAAAAGAGAUGCCUUAGAUGCCGCCAAUAAAGAACUUCAAGAGGCAACCGUAGCACUCGAGGGCAUUCGGGAGAAGGUCUCGCGUUUAGAAGCCAAAUUGGCAGAACUGACUGCCAACUAUGAACGUGCCUCGGCCGAGAAGCAAAAGUGCCAGGAUGAAGCCGAUAACACAAUUAAAACUAUUGACCUGGCUAACCGUCUUGUCGGAGGAUUAGCUUCAGAACAACUGAGGUGGUCCCGACAGAUUGAAGAACACAAGCAACAGGAGUCAUGUCUCCAUGGUGAUGUUCUCAUUACGGCAGCUUUCCUUUCUUAUCUUGGAUACUUUACAAAAAAGUAUAGAAAUGAUUUACUGGACAAAUUGUGGAUGCCCUACCUCCAAUCGCUGCAACCUGCUGUCCCCAUGACCCCCGAGCUUGAUCCUCUUUCUUUGCUAGUUGAUGAUGCAGUGGUGGCAAGUUGGAAUAAUGAAGGGUUACCCAAUGACCGAUUUUCGGUGGAAAAUGCUGCUAUUCUCACUGCUGCCGAGCGUUGGCCCCUCCUUGUUGAUCCCCAGUUGCAGGCUGUUAAGUGGAUCAAAACCCGUUAUGGUUGUGACCUUAAAGUUAUUCAACUGGGUCAGAGGGGCUACCUGGAGGAUAUUGAACAUGCAGUUUCCGAGGGGGGAGUUGUGCUUCUGGAAAAUAUUGACCUGAGCAUCGACCCCGUCCUCGAGCCCCUGAUCGGCCGAAAUACCAUCAAAAUGGGAAGCGUUAUUCGAUUAGGGGGGAAAGAGAUUGAUUACAACUCAAAGUUUCGAUUAAUUAUACAAACUAAGUUGGGUAACCCACAUUACGCACCAGAAUUGCAAGCACAGGUAACGCUGGUAAAUUUCACUGUUACUCGUGACGGAUUGGAGGACCAACUUUUAGCAAAUGUUGUCCGAAAGGAGAGGCCAGACUUGGAGGGGCUGAGGGCAGAUUUGAUCCGACAGCAGAACGACUUCAAGAUCACACUAAAAGAUCUCGAAGACUCGCUGCUUGCACGACUUUCAGAAGCGGAAGGCAAUUUCGUGGGAAACUAUGCCCUUGUCGAGAAUUUAGAGACCAAUAAAAGGACUGCAUCGGAGAUCGAAGGUAAAGUGGAGCAAGCCAAAGCAACAGAAGUGGAAAUCAACGCGGCUCGUGAAAUUUAUCGACCUGCUUGCGAGCGUGCUGCAAUGCUCUACUUCAUCAUGAGUGACUUAAACAAGAUAAACCCAAUCUAUCAGUUUUCUCUCAAGUCUUUCAGCUUCGUUUUCGAUUCGGCCAUGACCAAAUCAGGUCCUUCAGAUGAGGUGGAGACGCGGGUGGCUAAUAUAAUCGAUUCGAUUACUUAUUGUGUGUAUGUAUACACAUCCAGGGGUCUGUUUGAAAAAGACAAGUUACUCUUUACUACCCAAGUUGCCUUUCAGAUCUGUCAAGCGCGAGGUGAGGUCAAUCCUGUGGAAUUAGACUACUUGCUGCGGUCGCCUGUCGACCCGAAUGUAACAAGUCCUGUUGAUUUCAUCACAGACAUUGGCUGGGGAGCAGUUAAGGCACUCUCCACCUUGGACGCUUUCAGUAACCUCGAUUCAGACAUUGAGGGGUCUGCAAAGCGCUGGAAAAAGUUGGUUGAAAGUGAAACUCCAGAAAAGGAACGACUGCCACAAGAGUGGAAGAACAAAACACACCUGCAGCGCUUGUGCAUUCUUCGAGCUCUUCGUCCUGAUCGCACUCUUUAUGCUAUUCGCAACUUCGUUGCUGUUAACCUUGGCAAAGUUUAUACUGACAGCAUUAGUCUCCCAUUUGCAGAAUCUUUUAAAGAGUCUGGACCAGAAACACCAAUUUUCUUUAUCUUAUCACCUGGUGUUGAUCCACUGAAAGACGUUGAAUCCCUUGGACGCCAACUUGGCUUCACGAAUGACAAAAAAAACCUGCAUAGCAUCUCCCUCGGUCAAGGUCAAGAGAACGUAGCUGAGACAGCAAUGCAAGUGGCUGCUUGUGAAGGUCACUGGGUCAUUCUUCAGAAUGUCCACUUGGUUGCAAAGUGGCUGCCGACUUUCGAGAAACUUUUGGAGAGGCUGGUUGUCGACGCGCACACAGACUACAGAGUAUUUAUAAGUGCCGAACCGGCAAGUUCACCGGAAUUUCACGUGAUUCCGCAAGGUAUUCUGGAGAAUUCUAUCAAAAUCACAAACGAGCCCCCAACGGGCAUGCAAGCAAACCUUCAUAGGGCCCUUGGCAAUUUUACUCAGGCUGCUCUCGAGGUGUGCACUAAAGACAGCGAAUUCAAGAUGAUAUUGUUCACACUCUGCUACUUCCACUCCGUAGUGUGCGAGCGUCGUAAGUUCGGACCUCAGGGGUGGAACCGAAUUUACCCCUUUAACAACGGCGACUUGACGAUAUGCAUCGAUGUGCUUUAUAAUUACCUUGAAGUAAAUACCGAUGUGCCGUGGGAGGGCUUACGCUAUCUCUUUGGAGAAAUAAUGUACGGUGGACACAUUGUCGACGAUUGGGACAGACGCCUUUGCAAGACCUACUUGGAAGAAUAUCUGCCAGCGAACAUGAUGGACGGAGAUCACUUGUUAGCCCCUGGAUUCAAGGCCCCACCAAAUUCUGAUUUAGCUGGUUACCACAAGUAUGUGGACAGUAAUUUGCCGUCAGAAUCGCCGUAUCUUUAUGGACUGCAUCCAAAUACAGAAAUCGAAAUUAUGACCGCCGAUUCAGAAAAGCUGUUUCGACGACUGCUUGAAAUGAUGCCCCGAGAGGGAGGUGAGGGAAAUGUUGUGGGUGACAGCCUAGAAGCAAAAGUUCAAGCUACUCUUGAUGACAUCCUCGGAAGACUACCAGAGCCAUUCAACUGCCAAGAUCUCCAAGCUCGUGUUCCUCCAGAGGAACGAAGUCCUUUCGCUGUAGUUGCACUCCAAGAAUGCGAUCGAAUCAACAUAUUAUUAAAGGAGAUCUCGCGGUCGUUGAAGGAACUGCGUCUUGGACUAAAAGGUGAACUCACAAUAACUUCUGAAAUGGACGCUCUUCAAAAUGCCCUUUUUUACGAUGUUGUUCCUGAAAAGUGGGCUGCAAGGGCCUACCCUAGCCUUCACCCCCUUGGUUUAUGGUAUAUGGAUUUGGUUGCUCGGUCGAGAGAAUUGGAAAUUUGGGUUACAGAUUUCACAUCUUUACCUAGCUCUAUUUGGUUAGGAGGUCUAUUCAACCCACAGUCUUUUCUGACUGCGAUUAUGCAGCAAAUGGCCAGAAAAAACGAGUGGCCUUUGGAUAGAAUGGCUCUGAAGGUUGACGUAACGCGGAAGACUCGAGAGGAAAUACCAGGGCCCCCUAGAGACGGGGCGUUUGUGCAUAGUCUCUUCAUGGAGGGAGCGCGCUGGGACACCCAAGUUGGUCUUCUAGCAGAACCCAAAUCCAUGGAGUUGGUCGCAUCCCUGCCAAUUGUCUUUAUUAAAGCAAUUCCAGUUGAUAAACAGGACACAAGGGGGACCUAUGUCUGUCCGGUGUACAAGACCAAAGCACGCGGAUCAACGUUUGUGUGGGCGUUCAACCUGAAAACUAAAGCAAAGCCGGCCAAGUGGAUUCUAGGAGGCGUUGCUAUUGUUUUACAAGUAUAA